AUGGAUGAUUCUGUGAAAAUAGGGGCGUGUUUCCUGUUGCUCGCUGAAGGGCUCGCGGCCGGGGUUCGCGGCCGGGGCUCGCGGCCGGGGUUCGCGGCCGGGGUUCGCGGCCGGGGUUCGCAGCCGGGGUUCGCGGCCGGGGUUCGCGGCCGGGGCUCUCGGCCGGGCGGCCGCGGUCGCGGGCCCCUCGCGGCCGGGGGCUCGCGGCCCGCUCGCGGCCCGCUCGCGGCCGGGGCUCGCGGUCGCGGUCAGGGCUCGCGGCCAGGGCUCGCGGCCAGGGCUUGCGGCGGCCGGGGCUCGCGGCCGGGGCUCGCGGCCGGGGCUCGCGGCCGGGGCUCGCGGCCGGGGCUCGCGGCCGGGGCUCGCGGCCGGGGCUCGCGGCCGGGGCUCGCGGCCGGGGCUCGCGGCCGGGGCUCGCGGCCGGGGCUCGCGGCCGGGGCUCGCGGCCGGGGCUCGCGGCCGGGGCUCGCGGCCGGGACUCGGGGCUCGCGGCCGGGGGCUCGCGGCCGGGGCUCGCGGCCGGGGCUCGCGGCCGGGGCUCGCGGCCGGGGCUCGCGGCCGGGGGCUCGCGGCCGGGGGCUCGCGGCCGGGGGCUCACGGCCGGGGGCUCACGGCCGGGGGCUCGCGGUCGGGGCUCGCGGUCGGGGCUCGCGGUUGGGGCUCGCGGUCGGGGCUCGCGGUCGGGGCUCGGGGCUCGCACGUGGUCGGAGCUCGCUCGCGGCCGGGGCUCGCGGCUGGGGCUCAGUCGGGGCUCGCGGUCGGGGGUCGGGGCUCGCUCCCGGCCGGGGCUCGCUCGCUGGGGCUCGCUUUGCCGGGGCUCGCUCGCGGUCGGGGCUCGCGGGCGGGGCUCGGGGUGUGUCCCGCGGUCGGUCGCCCCGCGGUCGGGGCUCGCGGUCGGGGCUCGCGGUCGGGGCUUCUGGUUGGGGCUCGCGGUCGCCCCGCGGUCGGUCGCCCCGCGGUCGGGGCUCGCGGUCGGGGCUCGCGGUCGGGGCUUGUGGUUGGGGCUCGCGGUCGGGGCUCGCGGUCGCGGUCAGGGCUCACGGUCAGGGCUCGCGGUCGGGGCUCGCGGUUGGGGCUCGGGGCUCGCGGCUGGGGCUCGCGGCUGGGGCUCGCGGCUGGGGCUCGCGGCUGGGGCUCGCGGCUGGGGCUCGCGAUCUGGGCUCGCGAUCGGGGCUCGCGAUCGGGGCUCGCGAUCGGGGCUCGCGAUCGGGGGCUCGCGGCCGGGGCUCGCGGUAGCUGCAUUAUAUAUGUGUUUUCUAAACUUAUAUUCAUGGUACAUGGGCAGAUUUGUAAUUUUCCUAUGAUUAAUUUCUAGAGAAUUCAUAUAGUUCUUAAUAUGUGGAUUAACCCCGAUAAAAAUUCUAUUUUCUGGAGAAACGGAAACAUUUAA